CUCAAAUCUCACCCAAAAUUUUAUCCAUUUUCUCUCUUUUGUCUAUCUUUUCAACUUCCCUCUAGUUUUUAGUUUUUUAUUUAUAUUGUUAGUUCAUCACAUGAGUACAUGACCAUUCCACGAGAGACGUUGAUUUCAAUCAACGGGAAUACUACCGUUGAUCAAGCAGAAUUCCGGUCUGUGAAAACCGAGAUCCUAAACCGGGAAAAUGAUGAUAUAUAUUCAACACUGACUGAUCAUUUUCAAGAGACACCUAAGCGUCCCCGGUCCGUUAGGUCACAUGGUGGUUCUUAUGAAAAAGAACCGGUUCAACAAUCUACUGCGGAUCAUCGUGUUCUUCGCACUCAUUAUCUCGCUGUGCAAAAAAUUAUUAAUGUAAAGAAGGAGGAAAUAUGUAGAGGUGGUUCUGAUAUGUUUCAGAGAAUGAUGAAGGAAGUUGAUGACUUGCAUAAAUAUGUGACAAAACCAAGAGAACAAGUAACAGAUGCUGAGACACUUCUAGACAUGGCCAACACUUUAGUGACUACAGUGAAGGCAUAUUCCAAAGAUGGGCUUACCUCAUCUGCUUUUAUAAGCUCUUUGCUUCGUGACUUUAGCGCCAGUGGUAGUAGACUCGAUGAUGAUCGUGUUUCGAUUAAAUGGGAUGCCAUUGGAGUCCGUGUCUGCCCCAUUUUCAAGAAAGCUCUGGGUUGUGCUACAAUGAUUGGGCCAAUGAGUAUUCAGCUGAAGCGAAAAAGGCCAUAUGCUCGUAAGAGUCGAACAAAGCUUACUGUUGCUGCUAAGCCUCAAGAGGUUGAGGACUCAGGAGCAGAUUAUAAAAAAGACACUGCUAAGAACAUGUUUACCAUGUUUAACAUCUUGAGAAACAAAAAAAGUGUGAAGCUCGAAGACCUGAUUCUGAACAGGAUUUCAUUCGCACAGACUGUUGAGAAUCUGUUCGCUCUUUCAUUCUUGGUUAAAGAUGGGCGUGCUCGUAUAGUUGUCAAUGACGAAGGGACUCAUCUCGUUUCACCGAGAAAUGCUCCCAAUGCCGAGUCUAUAUCUACUGGUGAAGUAUUGUACCAUCAUUUUGUCUUCAGAUUUGAUUUCCAGGACUGGAAGAUGAUGUUAGAUUCAGUGGCUUCAGGCGAAGAGCAUAUGCCUCAUAGAUAUCAAGUGAGCAUACCUCUUACUCAGGAAGAAGCAGUGUCGGAUCUUACUCCGGUCGCGAUACCCAUUUUGCCAAUGACGAGAGAUCUAAGUAGCGUCAAAACGAUUGCUACAAUGCUCUAGCUAGUAGCAGCCUCUUGUUGCUGCUGCUGAUGGGGUGAUUGUUUUGUGCAGCAAAUAGUUAUGAGCAAGUAUAUUUUUGUGCAGAAAUUAGUAUUUAACAAGUUUAGUUUCAGACUUUAAAGGCCUUUUUGUGCAGUGGCCUCUUUCAUUAUGGAGUGCUAACCUUUAUUUAGUCAUCUAAUGCAAAUUUCAUUACCAUAUGUCCAUAUCUAUGCAUUUUAGCAGACUCAAGACUUGGACACAUGAACGUCUCUACUCGGACUUACAAUAGACAUUGUCCUUUUCUCACUUAAUACAAAGUGUUACUAAUUUCCACAUGAAACAGUUUGGCGUC